AUGGAACGAUUAGUUACAACGCGUGGAUACAUACACGUGUACACACGAUCAAGCGGAAAUUGCAGUAAUGGAAACUGCGACGACAGCGACGACGAUGAAAAAUGUCCGCCGGAUUCAAUAUUAGACGGUGAUGGAACUUGCCGUUGCGAAUUUCGACAUUGUUUUCAACCCAUAUGCAGGGCUCCGGCUCAAAGUGUUUUGAGAAAAAAAUCCAACAGCGUACCUGGAGAUUGUUGUGAUGUUUACGAAUGCGUUUCCCACGACAAAAAUUGUAGCGACGUUAUUUGUCCGGAAGAAGUUGAAACGUGUCCAGAGGAUAGUUAUCGUCUUCCAGCAUAUAAAUCUCCAGAAGAUUGUUGUUUAAAACCUCAAAGCUGUCAAUGUUUACCGAGAGAAUGUAAACAAAGGAUUUGUCCGGAAGGUCAACAUUCUAGAAUUGUUAGACCGGGAAAUGGAAAACCUGGAACUUGUUGCCCACUUUACGAUUGCAUCACCGACAAAGAUGUAAAUCUUACGACAGCGCGUCUAUUAGAUUUUGGAAAAAUAAUAGAUUUAAGUUUGGCAUUUCCCCUUCCCCUUUUGCCUCCUAUAGACUGA